CACAGUUCAGGAAGUGUGGAAAGAAGGACUUCCAGUAGCCUAAGGAGAUGGGCUGAGAUCGAGGGAUAACAGAGGGUUUUUUUUAAGCCCCUUCAAACUCGAGUUAAUUCUCCCACGAAAAAAAAAGUUGUAAAAAGUCCGAUGAAUACGGGGGAAGCCCCAAUGGGGAAAUUCCAGUCCAAGACUACAAGAACAAAGGGCUGGUUCUAACAAGCCACGCCCAUUUCUAUCUAUAUAUGCUGACAUUGUAACAUUCAGUGCUACACUUCAAUACUCAGAGUCACCAUGAGAAUCACUGUGUGUCUGCUACAAUCUAUACCUCCAGUGAUUCCACUUUAAAUCUUCUUCCUAUUGUUUGUUUAUUUGCUGUGACCAGACGUUCUAUCUUUGUGGAUACAUUGUAUUUUGUUGGAUUGCUGCAAGUUGUGAACACAGAUCCCAAAUAUUGGACACCCUCCCCCCUCUCUCUCUCUCUCCCUCCCAGAGAAUGACCUCUAUGAAUGAUGGGAGCACAGACCCUCUCUUGGCCAGGUUUAAACUGCUGGAGGAGACAGUGGAUAAGCUACACAGAGAAAACCGGGCUUUAAAGAGCAAACUGCAGAGCUAUAAUACACUGAGCACUUUUUAUCAUGAAGCCAGGCAGCAGAUGAGGAAUUUGAACCUGCAGCUGGCUGCUAAGGAUACUGUCAUCCAGAGGUUGAAAUCGAACCAGAACAGACCUUUUGGAGAAGAACAUCAGGUGGACCCUUCAAAAUCACUGCUGGACAACUUGAUGGAUCAGUUAAGCAAACUCAAGGCUCAACUUAAGGAUACAGAGAAGAACUGUGAGGAGAGGGUGGACUCUCUAAAUCAGGAGAUUCAGAGGCUUAAUCAACUGCUGUCCGAAAAAGACCAAAACAUGCAGAUCGCAAGCUGGCCUCCACACCAGAAGGAGAUGGAGAUAUGCCGACUUCAGAGAUCACUAGCCGAGAAGGAGCGGGUGCAAGUCACUAGUGAAGUGCUUUGCCGAACGCUGUCUGAUGAAAGCCACCAGCUCCGUCGCAAGCUCGCUGCCACCGCGGAAAUGUGCCAACAUUUAGUCAAAUACCUUGAAGAGUCUCAGAGGAAAGAAAUUCGGAACGUGGAGGAAUUGGUUAAUGAAAACAAUGGCAAUGAACCGUCUAACGAGAAACUCCAGGAAGAAAUCCGAUUAUUAAAACAGAAAGUCGUUCAUGUGGAAGACUUAAAUGCAAAAUGGCAAAAAUAUGAUUCCAGUAGGGAAGAGUAUGUAAAAGGACUUCACCUGCAGCUAAAGGAAAUGAAAGCUCGCUCUGAACAUCCAAAAGGACCUCACACUGUGCAGUUGCACGCAGAACUUAUGCAGAAAGAGAUUUUACGGCUGAAUAGGUUAUUAGAGGAGAAGAUGAACGAGCACCAGAAACUCCAAAAAGAAGCAGAGGAAUCGGCCAAAGCUAGGAUUACUGAUGGGGAACAUAUACAGAUGUUGGAGCAACAGCUGCUUGUCUACAAAGACGAUUUCACUUCCGAGAGAGCGGAUCGGGAGAGGGCGCAGGGCAGAAUUCAGGAACUGUGUGAAGAGAUCUCCUGUUUGCAGCAACAGGCAAAGAGACAGGAUGAGAGAGGACCAGGUGGAAAUUCACAGACUCUUGGAGUUGGCAAAAACAAAUUGUACAACCCGAAAAAUGUGACAGACGCCCUAUGUCGAGGCAGCACUGAACCUGCGGAGGGUCGAAGGAAAAUAGAACAUGCAGACCUUCAGCGGAAUCCAGCUCCCGAGAGGAGAGGGCAGGAUGAACUACAAUGUCCUGUCUGUUUAAGGGUUUUUCAGGACAGAUUUGGUGUUAGCUUUCUGGAACAUCUUGAUGAAUGUGGCCAGUGAUCUUCCGCAUUCUGUUUAGUUGCUGCUGCUAUUCGAACCACUACAUCGGACCAGUGUCAAUUUGAGACAUGUUUACUGCAAUAUUGCCCAUUCCUUGGUGGACAAAUUUAAAAAAACAAAAACAAAACAAAACUGGAACUUUCCACUGUGGAUUAAUGUGAUGUGAAAUGACCUUUUCGAAAACACUUCAUAUAGCUCAACAUGGAGAGAAUCCAAAGAGAAUGACCAGACGUUAUUUUCUACGUCCAUCCAUAA